CGAUUUCCGCCCAUAGAGCAUACUUUACAUGACUUGGGAUUCUAAGUCAUUUUAAGUCAUUCUAAAGUCAUGGACCUCACCACACAGGAUACACCCGGGGCACUCGGGGAUGCACACCUCUAUAUUGGUAACCUGUCGCCGCGAGUGACGGAGUAUAUGCUCACCGAGAUCUUGGCCACUACUGGGACUGUGCAGUAUGUCAGAAUUAUUCCCGAUAGAAAUUACCAGCAUGGGGGUCUAAACUACGGCCUUGUCAAAUACUUUGAUAUACAAUCUGCCAAAACAGCGGUACAGACCUUGAAUAGUCAUAGAAUGUUUGAUACUGCAAUUCAAGUUAGCUUGGUUGACCAAGUCCUACAAGAUACAAUUGACGCAACGGGUCAAUACCGUGUCUUUGUGGGGGAUCUCAGCGGUGAAGUUAAUGAUCAAAUCUUACGCAGCGCCUUCUCUGCGUUCAGCUCGCUAUCAGAUGCUAGAGUCACAUUUGAUUUAAGCUCGGGUAAAUCCCGCGGUUAUGGUUUCCUUGUGUUCCGUGAUAAGCGAGAUGCGGAACAAGCUAUAGCUACUAUGAACGGUGACUGGCUGGGAUCUCAUACAAUUACAGUUCGCUGGCCCAACGAACAACCUCAGAAGAGUGUAGACAUUCCUUCACAGAACUCUCUUUCAUAUGAUUCGAUCGUGCAGCAAGCUCCUCAGGACCAAACAACAAUCUAUAUUGGCAAUCUCGUCCCUUAUUGUACCCAGGCUGAUCUUAUUCCCUUAUUUCAAUCUAUUGGUUAUAUACAGAGCCUCGAAAUGCAAACCGGCCAGGGAAAUGCUUCCGUGAGACUCGACACACACGAGCAUGCGGCCAUGGCCAUUACUCAGCUCCAGGGCCAAAUGAUUCAUGGCCGACCGAUUAAGUGUAGCUGGAAAAAGAGCGACACCGCAGUAUAUGGAAUUCAGGAAACUUCCGCUUCAAUCGGAGACCUGCAAGCACCCGGGACACCACAGCUCAGCACAAAUGACCAAGAUGACUCAAAUUCUGGAAUUGCUGCGCCAAUUCAAUCACAGUACUAUAGCAAUUACUGGGGGGGUUACUACGCGAAUAAUACCACUACACAACAGCCAUGAUAGGGGUGAAAUACUGCGGAUUCUCCAUGCUAUUAUAUCAAACAACCCGUUCAAGAGAAAGCACAUAGGCCUUCAAUUUAAGAGUGACUGUUCAAUAAACUAUUCGUACCAAGAUCUUGGCAGCGGGCCUAGAAACGAAGUAUCA